AUGGUGAAUAAGCAGAAUAAGCAGAACAAAACCCCUGUCCCACCUGUCUCAUUCGACGAGAUCAUUCAGUCCGAUCGCCAGAAGAAGCAGAGAGAAGAACUUGCAAACUCCAUUCUUGGAAAGAACCGAUCUGCCCGUCGUGCCAGUGCGCCCGGCGCAGGGGGGAUCCAGAAGUCGCAAAAUGCCAAACCGGGCAGCCUGGCCAGUCGCAUCGGUGUGCCUAAACGCUCCGCCUCAACUGCCAACCUCCGUGGCAACAAGCCAAACUCCAAGCCAAACUUCAAGCCAAACCCCAAGCCAAACCCCAAGCCAGCCCCAGCAACCGCUCCUACUGCACCAGCAAAGAAACCCGCCAGGAACAAUCGCCAACCCAAUAAAGAUCGAUUACAAAAUGCCAUCGAGUCCGGUUCCAGCCAAGCGACCAUUCACUCUCCCAGAAGUGGCCUGUCUAUCAAGGGCGCAUCCGGUCCCUUCAUCGUGAUCGGCAGCAACUUUGCGCCAGGAACUACCGCGGCCGAUAUUCAAUCUGCCUUGGAACCCACAUCGGGUCCUAUGCUCAGCUGCCGUGUCAUCUCGCAUAACCCAACCGUGACCGCGGAAUUUGCGUUUGAGAACAAAUGGAACGCAGAGAAUGUUGUUGCCAAUUAUCACCACCAACGGGCCGAUGGACGCCUACUCUCUAUGGUCUUGAAGCCUACUGGAUCGGCUGCAAGCGCCAACCAGAACGAGUACAGCGAUUUGCGGGUACAGGCUGAUCGUGAACGGAAAAAUCGACGGGCAGAACCCAGUGUGCAGGAUGGCCGUUACGGUUUUGAUGAUAAUACCCAAAUUUUGCACAAUACCGAGUCCUCCGGGCUGUAUAGCGACAAUAUGAUGGUGGACGCGCCACAAGGCCCUCAACCGCGAAGGAAUAACAAUCAGAACCGCCAACGUCGCUGA